UCCCCACACAGCCAUUCUCCUUCCACCAAUCCACAAGACCCACCCUGGCUACUUCUGACCUCAUGCCAAAGCCUUGCUACAGUCAUUGGCCAGCAUCUCACAGGAAAGCAGCAGCAGCCCCUGGAGGGAAUCAAAGGUCCUGAGCAAAUAAUGCUCUUCUGUAUCCACAGGAGUCUCACUAGGUGUUCAUCUUUACCUCCCCAGCCCUCUGUGCAGUGAGCAGAGCUUCCCCCAGCCUCCAGCCUGCCCCCAGUUUACUUGUUGCAGUGCUUGGUCUGUGGUUAAGCAGACAGCUCCAGCAUGGAAUACACAGCUUCUCCCAAACCCCAGCUCUCUUCCAGAGCUAAUGCCUUUUCCAUUGCAGCUCUGAUGUCCAGUGGGAAUCCCAAGGACAGGGACACAUCAGAGAGCACGAUAAAACCCCUGGAACAAUUUGUGGAGAAAUCCCCCUGUGGCCAGCCUCUCAGUGACAUAUCCAGUGUGGACCACCAUGUGGAGUUUAGUAGCAGUCCCUCUUCACUGUGUACAGAGCCCUUAAUCCCCACCACUCCCAUCAUCCCCAGCGAAGAGAUGGCCAAGAUUUCCUGCAGCUUGGAGACAAAGGAGCUCUGGGAUAAAUUCCAUGACCUGGGGACAGAAAUGAUUAUCACCAAAUCUGGCAGGCGGAUGUUUCCUACAAUCCGAGUUUCGUUUUCUGGAGUUGACCCAGAAGCCAAAUACAUUGUACUGAUGGAUAUUGUUCCUGUUGACAAUAAACGAUACAGAUAUGCAUAUCACAGGUCAUCGUGGCUCGUUGCUGGAAAAGCGGACCCUCCUUUACCUGCUAGGUUGUAUGUCCAUCCUGAUUCCCCAUUCACCGGUGAACAGUUACUAAAGCAAAUGGUUUCCUUUGAAAAAGUAAAACUGACAAACAACGAGCUGGAUCAACACGGCCAUAUUAUCCUAAAUUCCAUGCAUAAAUACCAGCCAAGAGUUCAUAUUAUUAAAAAGAAAGACCACACAGCUUCUCUGCUGAACCUAAAAUCUGAAGAAUUCAGGACAUUUAUCUUUCAAGAAACCGUUUUUACUGCUGUUACGGCCUACCAAAAUCAACUGAUAACUAAGCUGAAAAUUGACAGCAACCCAUUUGCCAAAGGAUUUCGGGACUCAUCCAGACUAACUGACAUUGAGAGCUCUCUAUGGUCACCUAAUCAGGAAAGUGUUGAAAACCUUAUUCAGAAGCAUUCUUAUGCCAGAUCUCCUAUUCGAACAUACGGAGGAGAGGAUGAUAUUCUUGGGGAAGAUGGGCAGGUUGUGCAAAGCAGAGGAUCAGCUUUUACAACAUCAGAUAAUUUGUCCCUCAGUUCCUGGGUAACUUCCACUACAGGAUUUUCUGGGUUCCAGCACCCUCAAACAUUGACAGCAUUGGGCACCAGCACUGCUUCUCUGGCCACCCCACUUCCUCACCCCAUCCAAGGCUCGCUCCCUCCUUACAGUCGGUUGGGCAUGCCAUUGACGCCUUCAGCUCUAGCAAGCUCAAUGCAAGGCAGUGGCCCUACAUUCCCCUCUUUCCACAUGCCCAGAUACCAUCACUACUUUCAGCAGGGCCCAUAUGCUGCUAUUCAAGGACUGCGACACUCCUCUGCAGUAAUGACACCAUUUGUAUGACUGGAGUGAUGUACAGGGAGUAAAUAAAAAAAUUCCUGUGACGUCUAAAAACUGGGAAAAUGGAGAAAGACUUACCAUGUAUAUUGCGCACUAUUAACAAAGAGUGGACCUAGAAGGGCACUGGACUGCUUAAUUUAAACGAACCCCGUGAUAUACGGAGGCAGUAUUGCAUGUAUCAAACCAUGGAGCCAAAUCUACACUUACUCAACCCUUCACGAUAAAAAAAUAAUGUUAAAACUCUCGAUUACAAAUAAGUUGUAAAAAGAAAAUGGAUCUUAACAAACUCUUUUAGUGAGACCUUCUCUUUUAGCACACAUAAGAAUAUAUUUACACAAUUCAAAAUGGAAUCAGACGUGGUGGAAGAGUGAACUCAGAACUAGCAAGAAUUAGCAAAGCUAAUGAAUUCUAGGAUGACGCUUCAUUUCAAAAGGACUAACAGAAGAAACAACUAUUUUUCAAUGCCAGCAUCUUACACAAUUGUUUCGAUGUUUGUAGAACAGAUUCUAUUUUCAACUCAUUAUCUCUGUUUUAUUCUGUAGAUCAAUGUGUGGUUAUAAAGAAUGAAAAAUGAUAACACAAAAAAAUCCUAAAACAAACGCUGAUACAAUGCAACUAUCAGAAAACAAUUCAUGAACUGAUUGUUUCGGUAUUCACAAAAAUGUUCCAAGCUCAUCUCUAUGGAAGCAUGCACUGCCGCUUAAAAUAAACUGGAGUGCCUAAUUAAAGUAAAAUAGGCUACACAUGCAGUAUUGUACAGAUAAAGUAAUAUCAUUUCUUUUUUCACUGACUGCAAUAAUCUUCAGAGGCAAACAUAGCUGCUAUUCUACCCCAUCUUUGCAAGCCAGAUUCUUAUUAUAUAUUGAGAUCUAAAGCAUGUUGUGGAUGUUUACUGAACAUCAUGGAGACAUGUAGUGGUUCCUGGUCUGAUUGCACACGGCAAAUAUUAACAUGUUUUGGUU